CUAACAACAGUAUACGUCAUAUUCAUGCGUCUAUGUUUUUGUGUUCGUGAAAGAGUGACUGAAAUAAAUUAAAAGCAGUAGAUAACUACUGUAGCGAGCUAUAAAGCCAGUUGGGUCCAACAUGGUGAUGUUCCCAAACUCGUUGACAGAGGAAGAGGAGUCUCUGCAGAAGAAAUAUGCCAAACUUAAAAAGAAGAAAAAGGCCUUGAUGGCUUUGAAGAAGCAGAGUUCAACCAGCCAGACCAAUCAGAGUGGAUUGAAACGCACUUUGUCGGACCAGCCUGUGCUAGACACAGCGACAGCCACAGAGCAGGCGAAGAUGCUUAUCAAGUCUGGUGCCAUUAGUGCCAUCAAGUCAGAGAACAAAAACUCUGGCUUCAAACGAUCGAGAACACUAGAGAUCAAACUCAAGGAUCCAGAAAAAGUCCCAGGCCCAGUGGCUUUCCAACCAUUCCAGAGGAGCAUCUCCACUGAUGAGGAGCUUUCUGAGUCUGGUAAAAGAGCCCACAGGAAAUCUCUGUAUGAGAGCUUCGUCACACCAGGCGACCGGGCGGCUCGUGACGAGGAGGAGGGGGGAGGCGCCCUGUCCACCAGCAGAGAUGCGGAGCGAGAGAGAGACCGGGGCGACCGAGAGAUGGAUAGAGAGAGGGAGCGCGACAGAGAGCGAGAACGGGACAGGGAGAGAGAACGGGGCAGAGACAGAGAGCCGCGAGACCGCGACAGGAGCGAGCGAGACAGGAGUCGGGAUGGAGAUAGCGACCGGGACAGGGGAGGAGACCGAGAGUCGAGGGAGCGAGACGGUCCUUUCAGACGAUCAGACUCGUAUCCGGAGCGGAGGGGUAUGAGGAAGGGAAACACGGUGUAUGUGAAUGGAAAUGGCCUGGUGGAGGAAAGCUUGCGCUCGGCCUUCAGCCAACAUGGCACUAUCAUUGACCUGUCCAUGGACAGCCCACGCAACUGCGCAUUCAUCACUUUUGAGAAGAUAGAAUCUGCAGACCAGGCUGUAGCUGAGUUAAAUGAAACUACGGUGGGAGAUGUCCCCAUCAAAGUCAGCAUUGCCAGGAAGCAGCCCAUGCUGGAGGCAGCCACCGGCAAAUCAGUCUGGGCCACUCUGGCUGUGCAGAACAGCGCCAAAGGCUCGUAUCGUGACAAGAGGAACCAGGUGGUGUACAGUGAGGAUUUCCUAUGAGCCAAGAUGCUCGCCGCAUUGGAGAUUAAUUAAUUUGAAACAGUCUGAAUUAAUGAGUUAGCUUUGUGUGUUUUCAAUGCUGUAGUUUUGGGUAUUGUUUUUCAAUGCCUAAUAUGACACGGUCACUUAUUAUUGUUGGAAGUUGAUGCUACAUUUCCAUUAAAGUUUAAAUGGCAACAAC